UUUUCAUACAUUAUCUGACACGUUUUACGGUCAUUGAAAUUCUAUAGAUUACAGUGAAUGGGUGUUUAUUCUAUCCAGCGGGAGCUGCUCAUCUUUACGAUUUUAAGUCGCAUCCCCCCCCCACGUGCUCAGAUAGUUUGGCCGGCGUGACCUUGCUGUCAGAGUCCUGAGGAAAGUACCGGGAGAAAUGAACGGGGCGCUGCGGAGAACGUGGAAUUGUCUGCUCUCUGUGGGGAGGCAACAAGCCCCGGGAGCCUUGCAGGUAUCAAGGCACCGUGCACUUCAUGUUGGUGUUCGAAGCAGUCAAGAUGCUGCUGAGAAUGUUAGCAACCUGAAAGCAGAAGCUGAGAGCCAAAGCUCAAAAGAUUUCAGUCCAGUUCCACCUCUUCCAGGAAAAAGCAGUCAAUUACGGUGGGGAGGUAAAAAGUUUGAAGAAAUACCCGUUGUUCACGUGAAAGCAACUUACAACAAUACUCAUAUCCAGGUAACCAGUUAUGAGAGCCAGUCUCUAGUGCGCACGUCCUGUGGUACAGAAGGCUUCAAAAAUGCCAAGAAGAGCACUGCGGUGGCUGCUCAGACCGCUGGCAUUUCAGCUGCAGCAAAAGCUAUUGGUAAAGGUGUUUCCCAUGUGCGUGUUGUUGUAAAAGGACUGGGACCUGGGAGAUUGUCUGCCAUAAAAGGUUUGACAAUGGGAGGACUGGAAGUGAUUUCAAUAACCGACAACACCCCUAUUCCACACAACGGCUGUCGCCCACGCAAAGCCCGCAGAAUGUGAUGAGAACCACUGAAAGGACUAGAAAUAUCUUAUAAAUGCAUAACUUGUAGCAUUUAUACCAAGCUUUUAGCAGUUGAGAGGAGCAGACAUUCUGUUGGACGGAAUGCAGCAAGCCACUCAAGCUGCCCGGAACGUCUGGCAACUUUGCCCGCUAUCAAGGCUACGUCAACUUGCUGAGGCUGGAGAUUGGGGUUGGAAGGGUUAACUGGUGCCCUGGGAAAAAGAAUGGAUGGAAGAUUUUUGCCAAGACAAACCCCCCCCCCCC